CACAGAGCAAACAAAAACAUCAGAGUGCCCCACCUUCAUAAAAUCCCUCAUGAAUCACGAUUCCUUCCCAAUAAUUCAUCUUUUUGGUGUUUUUGUAAUUAGUACCAUUCAGCACUGGUACCAUAUCAGGAGUAAUUAAUCAUUCUAUCCUCAUCCAACCAGCACUGACUGCCACCCACUCUUACGGCAGCCUUAACUGCAGGAACUACCUUCUCUUUUCCCCUCCUAUUCGGCAUCAUAUUGACAUUCGUACUUGAGUUUUCUUCAAGAAAGAAGAAAAAGCAUAAAUUUUUUUGCUUCUUUGGGAUAAAAUUGAUUGCAGGAGGAGUAAAUUUUCGGCAUAAAGAUGAUGGGCUCGGAGAAUCAAGAAGGAGGAGAAGCCCAUCUCCAAGCGUCCAGAGAAGAGAUGGAAAGCCUAGUCCUCGACGGCGACGACGGCCGUGACCACAUUGGUAACAGUAUAACCUCCCAAUCCUACGCUAAUUACAGGAGUGCCAUGACCACCCUCUCCUCCUCCUUCGCCGCCUCUCACCAUCCUCUCUCCUUCCCUACCCCCGCCGACUCUGAUCCUCUUCUUUCCCCUCCUUCUCCUCAGCCACCACUCCUCAAAUCCCCCAAUUCCCCUAAACCCAGGACUACCGCCACCGACGACCCCCACCACCUCGAUCCUCCCUCCUACGCAGAUGUCGUUUCCAGCCCCCUCGACGAUAACAUUGAGGCCAACGGCGGCUCCGAAAGUCCCAGCCAACACUCGGAAAACUCGGCUUCAUCUUUCUCGAGAUCUCCCUUUUCCAGCUCUGAUUACUUGGAAAUUGUGGUUUCCAAUCCACAAAAGGAGGCGGAAUCGUCAAAGAAUUCGAUCGUCCCCGGCAAUAAUGCUUACGUUACCUAUUUAAUUACCACAAAAACGAAUAUUUCCGACUACGGGGGAUCCCAGUUUAGCGUUAGAAGAAGAUUUAGGGAUGUGGUCACUUUAUCCGAUCGGUUGAGUGAAGCUUAUAGAGGAUUUAUUAUUCCUCCGAGGCCGGAGAAGAGCGUAGUUGAGAGCCAAGUGAUGCAGAAGCAGGAAUUUGUGGAGCAGAGGAGAGUGGCAUUGCAGAAAUACUUGAGGAGACUCGCCGCGCAUCCUGUUAUCAAGAAGAGUGAUGAAUUGAGGGUGUUUCUGCAGGUGCAAGGGAGGCUUCCGUUGCCCACAAGUGUAGAUGUUGCGUCAAGGAUGCUGGAUGGCGCGGGGAAGCUGCCAAAGCAGUUGUUUGGCGAUUCGAGGAGUGUGAUGGGUCCCCAGGAUGUGGUGCAGCCUGCUAAAGGUGGGAGAGAUUUGUUGAGAUUGUUUAAGGAGUUGAAGCAGUCUGUGGCAAAUGAUUGGGGUGCUUCGAGGCCUCCUGCUGAGGAGGAGGAUAAGGAAUUUUUAGAUAAGAAACAAUGGUUGCAUGAUCUUGAGCAGCAUCUCACUAAUGCCUCGAAACAGGCUGAAGCACUUGUUAAAGCACAACAAGGUUUAUCUGACACAAUGGGUGAAUUAGGGCUAGCAUUUAUUAAGUUGACAAAGUUUGAGAAUGAGGAGGCUGUAUUGAAUACUCAAAGAGUUCGUGCUGCUGAUAUGAAAAGUCUAGCAACUACAGCUGUUAGAGCGAGUAGAUAUCAUCGAGGAUUAAAUGCACAGACUGUGAAGCACUUGGAUACUCUUCAUGAAUAUCUGGUGCUAAUGUUAGCUGUGCACAAUGCAUUCUCUGAUCGUUCAAGUGCUUUAUUGACGGUGCAAACCCUUCUUUCAGAAUUAUCUUCUUUGCACUCGAGAGCGGAAAAACUUGAAACUGCAUCAUCCAAAAUAUUUGGUGGUGACAAGUUAAGAAUCCGCAAAACAGAGUUGAAGGACACUAUUAGAGUCACUGAGGAUGCUAAAGGCUGUGCAAUCAGAGAAUACGAGCGCAUCAAGGAAAAUAACAGAUGCGAAAUUGAAAGGCUAGACAGUGAAAGGAGGACCGACUUUGUAAAUAUGUUGAAAGGAUUCGUGACCAAUCAGGUUACUUAUAUGGAGAAAAUUGGAAUCGAGUGGACAAAAGUUGCAGAGGAGACCAAUAGAUACGCAAAGGAGACUGCAUGAAUUGGGUCCAGCUUACUAUUAUGUUUUCUUUUGGCAUUUUUGUCCUCUUUUAGCACAAUGUUAACGGUCAAGUUCCCUAGUCGGAAAGAGUUAAAAAGAGUACACAAAGAAGAUACUGCAACUAACUAGUCCAUUCGUUAAAAUUACAUAUGCAAUAAUACCAGCGGGAGUAUUUUUCUUGCCUGUGAUAAUUGCAUUCAGGUUUGCGGAGGAUUGAGGUCGAUAAGUAAUGGUUACAAGCCACCUCAGAGUUUAUGAUAGAAACAUAUGCUUAUGUCCCCAUGACGGGCCAAGAAAAUGCUAGUUGCACGAAAGGCUAAUACGCUGCAGAGAUACAAGUUUAGCUCCUGGACUUAUCAAUUUCCAGGUUCUCUAUUAUCAUAACGAUGGAAGAACUGAAAAGUACAACUCCAUGCAGGUUGAUUGUUGAUUUUCAAAGCAAAGUAACCAGACAUGUAUAUGACAGAGUGUAUUCUUUGUGAAACGGGUUCUCCUUUUGGUA